GAAAAAUGGAAGAACCCGGAACUGUUUUUGCAGCAACCAAAAUAAACAAAACACCAUCCCAAGGAAACCGUAUGCAACAUUGAAAUAUUAUCAAGUUUAUUUUACCUUGUUGGAGACUAGGAUUGCCACCUAACCAUGCCUCUUAUUGUUGAAGGAAGACUCGUAGAAGUCCCAGCCAGUGUUGCUGAAUUUUUCAAAACUUACCCAAACUUUAAGUUGUCCUCUGAACGUUUGUGCAGUCAGCAAUCCCAAGAAGUGGGUCCAAAAGGACUUUUGUAUGUGGGUCAGCGAGAGAUAGGGGGCACAACUCCUGAUGAUGAUGAUGUUCAUGUGCUGGGGAGUGAUGAUGCAACAACCUGUCAUGUGGUAGUUCUUCUCCACACAGGUUCAGGAGCAGUGUGUAUAGGUCAUUUUGAUGGGUGUGAAACCAAGAAAGGUCUUGAGUCCAUGGUGGAACUGGUCCUGGAAUUGUCUAAAGAUGAAACAUCUGGGAGACUGGAAAUCCAUCUUGUUGGAGGAUUCACAGAUGAGGCUGGACAUUCUGAGAAGUUGUCACUAGAAAUUUUAAAAGUCCUAACGGGUCAUCCAAGUGAAAUCAGUUUGGUCACAGCCUGCAUUACAGAUCAGAACACCGUCUAUAAGGAAGGUGUCCCGUUUCCUGUCAUAUACGGACUGGCUGUGGAUGUGAAAACAAGAAAUCUCUAUAAGGCAACAUUUUCUGACAAGGGGCCUGAUCUGCCAUUGAGGGGAGCUCGACAUUUUACUGGUGGAAAAGAGAUGAUUAACAUAUAUGACUCCCAUAGAAGAUGGCUAAAAAUCGGUCCAUUCACCUACAAACCAAUGCACUACUUGGAGAUGUGGUGCGAGGCCCCAGACUAUAUCAUUAGACAGAAUUUGUCGACAUCUCCAGCACAAGAACCGGAACAUUUUGAAGCUAGCGUGCGAGCAUCGCUUCAUCAGAUGUUAGACCACCCCGAACCCAUGAAAACUGUUUUUUCAGAUGGCAAGCCCAGGACGUACACCAAACAACCAGACGGAGAGUGGAAGAGAGUCGAACAAACAUCAUGAAUCAGAUGUUAAUUUAUUUUUUAUCCCUUACGGUGUUCAAUAUGGCUGUGAACUGUUUUCUUGUGCUGUGAGGUCAGCAGGAAACUACAAUUUAAAGAUCCUCUUGGUACAAGUGGUGACAUUUUAACGGCUGACUUCUCUCUCACUAACCACUAACAAUUAACCAGUCCAAAUAACAGAGAUGUAUGUCCAGGAAUGUGAAUCUUCAGCUGAGGUUGAUGCAUACCAGCCCAUGGCAUCUUAAAUGCCCACCUAUGGUUUAAAAAUAAAGAAAGAUACUGGUAUUUUUAGUCUCAAGGAAGUUACGAAAAGGGUCUUAUUUUAAAUAUUUUUAGGAAAUUACGAAAAGGGUCUUAUUUUAAUUAUUUU